CCAUUUCCAUAAGCCCGAAAGGAAAAAUGUGGUCAUCGACAUAUGGUGAUUGGAAAAUGUCCAUAUUGCAGAAAAAACAAUUGACUGUCAAGAGAGCUGGCACGUUCAUUGCCAUCAUAUGUUUAUUCACGCUUUGGUGGCUAAUCGUGACAGUGAAGGAAACGCCACACAGUCGCCGAUUUCUGACUGUCCCGUUUUCCAAGUCAGUCUCAUCGUCUGUGACAAUGACGGAGACACAAUUACCAGUGGUUUCUACAAUCAAAAAAGUGUGCGAAAAGAAAACUCGGAUUGCUUUCAUCAAAGUGCACAAAGCAGCCAGCACUACCAUCACCUCGAUAAUACAGCGUUACGGUCUCAGUCACAACCUGACGUUUGCAUUGCCUCGGGAAUCAGACCUUUACCAUAUCGGUUUUUUUGAAACGUUUGACCCGGCAAAUGUGAGGCAGCUGCCCAAAGGGAAGGUUUAUGAAGCCUUGUGCCAACAUGUCGUCUACAAUAGAGAAGCUUUUCGGAAAUAUCUGCCAAGAAACAUGAAGAUUAUCGCCGCAGUUCGCGAACCUUUGGCUAGGUCUGCGUCUGCCUUUCAGUAUUUCCAUUCCUACAGCCUUGAGGUAAAGUCUAAGUCUAAAGCUAACCUUUCUAAUAACCCACUGACUCUUAUGAGAGAAUUUUUGAAGAAUCCUGAGUAUUAUGAACCACACGACUUCAAGCAAGGCUCAUUGGCAUAUAAUCGCAUGGCCUUUGACCUGGGAUUACCUAAAGCCCAGUAUUCCAACAGUACAUUCGUGGAUCAGUAUAUUCGGCAGUUGGACGAGGAUAUGUCACUAGUACUCAUCGCUGAAUACUUUGAUCAGUCUUUGGUACUUCUUAAAAGAAUCAUGUGCUGGUCGACUAAAGAUAUUUUGUACCAAGUUCGUCAUAAAGGAUCUGGCAUAGCUGAAUUUCCAGAGGAUCUUAAAAGUGCCCACAGAAAACUGGCUAGUGUCGAAUACCGAAUUUACGAUUAUUUUCUAAGUAAGUUUAACACAUUAUACUCAAAUGAGGUGGAUAUUGAUGAAGAAGUGCACUUAUUCGAAUACACCCGUCACAUUGUGGAUCAUUUCUGUUUGUCGCAAAAUAAACAGAUAGUGAUUGAGCCGACAAAAUUCGAUAAAGGAUUCAUCUUCACACAAAAGGACUGUCAAUUCUUGACAAUGAAUGAAACUGAUUUUGUGAAAUAUCUGAGUAAAGUUCAGGAACCAUAAGUUCGCA